GAUGGUGUGCUGACAAUUAAAUUUGGUGGUGAAUACGGGACGUACGUUAUAAAUCGACAAACACCAAAUAAACAACUGUGGUUAUCAUCGCCGACGUCCGGACCUAAACGAUCAUGGACGAAAUUAUGGAAGAUGGAAAUCUCGUUGAUCGAGUUAGAAUUCUAUUGCAAAGAGACAUGCAAUAUUACCAGGCAAUGCAGACAGUCCUCCGUGAGUCAUUGUGUAACCGAGUGAGUGGUGGGAAAUUGGAUUUUCCCCGGCACGCAUCAUUCGCAGCCGUCAAAAUAGUUAAGUGGUGGGAAGCUGAGUUUCUUAUUGCAUUCAAAUUUUCAUCUGGACUCUGUAUUUCGACACAAAACAAUUCUUCAGACCCAGCUGAUGAAGUUAUCAAAAAAACGAAACCCUCUGAUUUUAUUUUAUUAGUUGUUGAUACAUCCGAGCAAUUAAUUGAGCAUUUGCACACUUUAAUCCAAGAAUCACUCGACCACGCGGACUUAGCAGUCCUGACUGCGACACUUGGAGCUGCUGCACUAAUUAGAAAUUGUCUAUGGUGCUAUAAUCAGCAGUCUAAAGAUAAAAUCCCCAAGCAAAUAAGUGAAAAGCUCCACCUCUGCUACAAAUCGUAUCAAGAAAUGGCAGAAGCUGUCGCUGAAAAGCUUCUCGACCUCCAUUGUCGAUUAAUUUCUCUCUACAUUUUAAACGAAGCCGACUCACUUAAUUGGCAAAGCAAUAAGCCUUUUUUCGAGCGAGAAAGAUCUUCAUUUAUUAUUCAGAUGUGGUGGCUGUAUAUGCAGGGUACAAAGACAGACUUAUGGAACACUGUAUCACCUAAAAUGGCCCAAAGAAUAUUUGCUGGAAUGUUAAAUGAAUCAUUAACUAUUAUCGUCUCCCGGUUUAUUCACGGACGUCCAAGUUUAACGAGGUCACAACAAUUUUGGUCGGACGCAUUUAAUGUUUUGAGCUGCACUGGUUACCUCGCAUUAGCUGCUUGCGCUGAUGCCAAUGAACUUAUAGGAUUACGAAUCAACAAAUUACCAAUUGUGAUGAGAGACAUACACGCUAAAUGCCGCGAACUACUAAUUUGUUUACUUUUGCGUGGUACACCAUUGAAAAUUCUCUAUCAAGCUUGUCGAAAUGGAUUAGAAUGCAUGCCAACUCUUAAAAAACAAUCAGGACCAGCCCCUUGGUUAAUAAUAAGUGCCCCAAAGCUAUUUGGAUCUCCAACACUGAAGAGCGUUAAUUUAUCACUACCAGAAGAUCAAGCUCUUAUCUUGGAGAUAAAUGUCCUGAGAUGUCAACCACAGGCUAAAUGGACGCAAUUAUUAAAAGUGUUAUCAAUGAAUGAAUGCGCGGUCGCACGAAUGCUACUGAGUACCCUAAUUCGUCAAUGCGUGGGCAAAAACGAAGACGUAAUUUCAAUGGAGAGAUUGAAAGAAAAUUCGGGAGAUUGCGGUGGAUUUUUGUGCACAGGCUGUCAGCAAAAUCUGUCAAGUUUGCCGCCUACUUUGUAUCUCUACAGUCUGAUGUACGUAUUGAUCAACACGGCCAUGGAUCCACUCGACGUUGUCAUCCCCGCGCUCAAGCAAGAUAUUAAUUGGUCCAAUUAUCUUGAUAGACAGCAGGUAUGGAAUCAAUGUCGAGCUCCCUGGCUAAAUGCUCUUUUAGCACCAUUUAAAUCCAUCAUGACGCCUAUUGUUGAUACUCUGCUUGAAGCUAUAAAGACAGGUGCAAGUAUUUAUCAAACAAUGUCCCUUGCAUUGGCUUGCUUUUCUGAGCUUUUUAUGUGCACUCCAAUAACCGUGCUACGUAUUAUUAAUUUGAUCAAUAAAAAUAUACCCGCUCACUGUCAUCCUAUCGGCGGCUCGGUAUUCAUCCAAAUAUUCUGCGCUGCUCUUUACUCGGAAUUAUUAAUAGAAUCAAAUGCAAACAUCGAUACUUUUGAUAAAUCAGAGAUCCAAGAAACUCCAAGAAGCAUUGCUCAUUCUUACUCAUUUGAUCCUCAAGAUAAAGCCGCCUCUGCAACUGCACUUGCAGAAGCCGUUUGUAGUAUAGACGAAGACAACAAACAUACUGCGCAAAUAGAUGCUGUAAUCAAACGGGCUGAAGCUUGGAUUAAAGAAGAAGAAGAAAAUAGUCCGAGAAUGAAAAAGUUAAAUACUAGUUCUUUGUGGAUUGAAACUUGCGCUGAUGAAUUAUUAUUCAGUGCAAUUGGACGCCGAUCUUUAAAAAUUACUUAUGAAUAUUUGAUAUGCGCUUCGGACUGGACUUUAAAUAAUCUGAUUGAAGGACCGGAUGUAAUGAAAAAAGACUUUUUGAAUACUACCGACGCUUAUGUGCCUGCCAAACCUCUUACAUAUGUCAUGUUUCAUAUCGAUAAUAAUCCAUUUGAUCAGUGGCUAACAAAUUUAGAUGAAGCAAAUUGGCAAGUUAUGCUGAACGUUCCGUUAUCAGUGACUCUAGAUCGAAUUCAGAGUCAAAUUCUCGUGAGACCCGAGUUUAAAAACAUCGGAGAACUAUCUCUUGACGAUAAAGAUGUUGCGAUUGCUUUGAAACAGUUAUGCGCCGCAUUACAAUUUACUACUUUUGAAUAAUAAAUAAUUAUUGUUAUUGC